GUCAAUUUCCCGGAUUGAGUUCGGACGCCAUCUUUAAACCAGUGCUGCCGGUAGUUAGAUAGUGGGGACGCUGAGCUGCUGCUCCACCAGGAACCGCAGUCUGAGACAGACCCACGGUCGAGCCUCUCCUUCAGGCCGCACAUCAUCGAUAGCCCGACCUCGAACACCAUGGCAGAUCGAGAACACUUAGUAUACCAGGCCAAACUCGCCGAACAAGCCGAGCGAUACGAUGGACCUCGAUGGCCCAAUGGGUUUCUGGGUGCAUUCAACAUCGAGGAGGAGAGGGAGAAGCCAGGUGGACAAGACCAGAGUGCAGUUCUGGGUUCGGGUUCAGAAAGGAGGUAAUGGAUCCAUAUCUUGUUGGCCUUCAGGACAGCCUAGACCGGAGGUUCCAACACCGGUAGAUUCUGGGGGCCUUCAGUCUGUUGGGACCUCAGCCUGCUUUCUCUAGUGAGGAUAAACACCUUUAACCUGAACCUCUUCCCCAAGCAGUUAUUGCAACCGCCAGAGGCUGCUGUGCUGCAAGAGUGGUUGUCUUACAAGCAACAUGUGUUUGUUGGCGCAUUCAAGGGGUUGGACCAGAUGAUGGCAAUGACAAAGCUGGCCUUUCAGUUUGAUGAGUGGAGGCUAUCUACACUUGCCUUAUCCAGCUGGCAGCAAUCGCACUGACUAUACCAGUGUCUUCGGUUAAUUGUGAGAGGGACUUCUCUGCAAUGAAACGAGUCAAAACAGACUUGAGGAACAGACUGCAGGGAGAGCAUCUAGCCGCCUGCAUGCGGCUCUGCAUCAACAACCCCCAAUCAAGCAGCUCAAUUACAGGAGGGCGUUGAAAAUCUUUUUCCAAAAGCCCAGAAGAAUAAAGUGCUCUGACAAAGGCUGUUACUUAAGUCAGAACUAGGUUUUUGUCAGAACCUGGAAAGAGAUUUCCAACGCCCUCCUUUUGUGAUGAACAUGAAUCAGGGGACUCUAAUUCAUGUUCCUCUGUUAAUUUUGUCAAUAUAAACUUUUUUAAUUCAGAAAGGUCUCUGUGUUUCUUUAGAUAGCUGCAGCACUCAACCUUAAGUUGCAUCCUGUAUACUAUAAUCAUUUUACCAAUACGUUAUUGAGAUACUUUCUAGAGGUAGAAAUAUAUUUAAGAUGGUUUGAGUGUUUUUUCCUUUUUAAAUGCCACCAGAAUCAAGCUUUUCAGUACUUGUUUUGGGAGAGAGGACCCCUGAACACAUGAGAAUGAGCUAUGUGAAGAAAAUGGUGGAGUCCAUGAAGAAUGUGGCCGGCAUGGACGUGGAGCUGACGGUGGAAGAGCGGAACCUGCUGUCGGUGGCGUACAAAAACGUGAUCGGAGCCAGAAGAGCAUCCUGGAGGAUAAUCAGCAGCCUCGAACAGAAAGAAGAGAACAAAGGAGGCGAAGACAAACUAAAGAUGAUCAGGGAAUACAGGCAAACGGUGGAGACUGAGCUAAAAUCAAUCUGUAAGGACAUUCUGGAUGUACUGGACAAGCACCUCAUUCCAGCUGCAAACACGGGAGAAUCAAAGGUUUUCUACUACAAAAUGAAGGGAGACUACCACAGGUACCUGGCAGAGUUCGCCACGGGUAACGACAGGAAGGAGGCGGCGGAGAACAGUUUGGUAGCCUACAAAGCCGCAAGCGACAUCGCCAUGAUCGAGCUCCCCCCGACUCACCCCAUCCGCCUGGGACUGGCACUCAACUUCUCCGUAUUUUAUUAUGAAAUUCUCAAUUCCCCUGACCGCGCAUGCAGGUUGGCGAAGGCGGCAUUUGACGAUGCCAUUGCAGAACUGGACACGCUGAGCGAGGAGAGCUACAAGGACUCCACGCUCAUCAUGCAGUUGCUACGCGAUAACCUUACAUUAUGGACUUCAGACAUGCAGGGAGACGGUGAAGAACAGAAUAAAGAAGCACUGCAAGAUGUGGAGGAUGAGACCCAGCAGUGAGACUUUACGGCCAAUUCCCUCUCUCUUUCUCCCUCCUAUUACCUCCCCUGUCUGCCCCGCUAGCCCCAGGUCCUACUACGUGUCACAGUGAGAGCUCCCAAACGUGGCUUUUACUCCGACGUCCACUCGCUCUAUUUCUCCCCACCUCUUCUUUCUUUAAUUCUUUCUUUAUGUUCUAUCACUCUGUCUGUCAGCUCAUAGCCCCUCUGUGCUUCCUAGGGCUAUCUCUUCUGGUUUUUAUUUUCUUAUAAAAAAAUCCUAUUAAAUUCACCUAUUUCAGUGGAAAUAAUAUACUUCCAUGUUAAAACACAAGAGAAAAGGUAAAAACUAAAGCUUCGAGCUGUUCCUGGUUACCUUUUAUUGAUGUUAUAACUCCUGUUGUAAGCCUGUAAGGUUCACAUCGUUCCCUUUACUUCCUUUAUUUUGUUUCUUUUUUUGUUUAUAAUUUUGCCAUGUCAUCAGUUGCCAAGUGUGUUGCUUGGGGUCGUCAACGUUCACACAAUUAACGAGUUGAUUUUUAAAACGCAAACGUUUGCUGUAACUCUUUUUCCAUAACUGUGAUGUCUUUGUGCUACUUCACGCUAAUCGUCUAAGCUUUUGGUCGCAAAUUAGGGAUGGUUGUGAGUUGACGGUUUUUAAAAGGGACAUUUUAAUGCCCUCUUUAUUUGUGAUUCUCUCUCUCACGCUCUCACUCUCGUUGCAAGACUCUGUUUUAUCAAUGGUGAUCGCUGAACUUCCCAUGAGUGUCUUUGCGAUCACCCCUCAAGUCCAGGGCAUGGACCAUGCAUUUUUGUGCUCAAGAGGCUUUAGCGCUGCUUUUUUACUCAUUGCUGACGUAAGGACACAAUGGCUUGUAGCAGUUGGAGGGGGAAAAAAACAAGAAUCUCCCUCCCUCUGAUGUUAGGUAAAGCAGGUUUGCAUUGGCACUGUCAAAAGAAAAACAACCUUUGUUUAAAAAAAGAAAAACCUGCUUAUGUCAUCUUGUAUCCCCUUUCUGUUCCAGAAUGUUCCCUUUCUCUCUCUCUCUCUUUCUUUCUUUCUCUCUGUCUCUCUGUCCUGCCCCCAUAUUUUCUCUCUUGUUCAGUAUGUGUAACUUGAAUCUGAUUUGUACUACUGGAUAUUCUGACUGGAGCCACAAGCACUGUCUGUAUUCUUACUGAAACACAGCAUGGAAAUUAACAUUAAACUUCAAAUUAAAAAAAGGAACUUAAAUUAAAA